AUGAAAAUGGCCGCAGAAAGCUUGAUCGAAACUUCCGCCGUCAGUUUAUGCCCCAGCGGGGCCUGCGACUCCCCAGCCCCCCUCGAGUGGCUCUCAGCAGAUGAGGUACCUCAAGCCCCUGGGGUCCCUGGAGCCCCUGGGGACUCUGGGGGCACGAAAGCACCCCAAAGCCUUCCCAAAACUAACAGAUGUAAUGGUAGUAAGGGAGAUAAAGUUCGUGACCGUGUCCACCAGCCCUCGUUUGAGCAAUCGAGGCCCCCAUCUGUUUCACCUGAUUUAGGGGAAGUUCCGCAGGUCGAUGUGGCAGCAACUGCUGCUGCAGCAGAGACAGCAGAAGCAGCAACAGAGCCGUCAGAAGCAGCAGCAUUAGCAACAUCAGGAGGCUCGUACUCAGCUACAGUACUGGACAGUGCUGCAGCAGCAUUGAACCCUGCUGCAGCAGCAGCACAGACUGCGGCAAGCACAAGGCGUGCAGCAGCGCCCUCUACUUCCGCAAAAUCUUCUGCCGGUGUGUUUGUACCUGCUGCUAAAGCACCAUUCCCCUCAGCAGUAGUCCCGUCGCCAGAAGGAGCAGGAAAACCAUCACCGUUGCCAGCAGCAGCAGGUGCUUCCGCUGCUCCUUCUCGCGGCGAAUGUAGCAACCCUAGGGCCCACGAGUGCCUGUCGCACCGGAUGUCCGCUAUGAACACGCAGUUUGGCCGUUUCGUUCCUGGUUUUCUUGCUGCGGAGGAUCGGGAGCAGCAGGCUCCAUGCUGCUCUUUGAGCUCGCCGCUUCACACAAUCGUUCAUGUGUGUGAGUGCAUGUCUAGCUACGAAGUAGACAGGGCCCUGGCGAUCGAAAAUCUAAGGCUCGAGAGAGUGCGCGAUGCCCACGCGGUGGUGUUGACUCUUGCUGACAAAUAUGGGCCCGAGAAGAUCCUUGAGGAUGCUGAUUUGGUGUUGAUUUUGUACAAGUACGACGAGAUGGACCGCAUGUAUAGCGUGAUGAGCGGAAAUGUGCUCUACAAACGCCGCUGCAACUACUUUCGGAAAGUCACUUCCAGCCUUCUUCCAGAUUUGCAUUCAAGCCAUAGAAAGAAAGACAGUUGUGGUGUCCAAGAUGGCCAUCUAAACAUCCACGACGCGCACCAUGACCUAGGUGCUUGUACACCUCAUCGGGAACUUGAUCGUUGUCUCAGAGAGGGAAUGCGCAGGCAGUUUUCUCUGCGCUCUUUGGGGACUCUGACGAACUGCCAGGUCCCUGUAGAGCAUGAGUCUUGGAGCUUAGCUAUUGAAGAGCAGAACAGACUCAAAAUUUAUUACAGAAGACACAGCAGCAGUACCCUACUGAGCUUCAGAGUCGAAGGAACGGUGGAUGCAUGCCUUCUUAAUAUUAUUUCGGUCCUUAAUGAGAUGGAUCUCUACAAAGAUUGGAUCCCAUAUUACACCUUCCCCCUCAAACUCGGUCUCAGAGACGUCAAGCGGCUGUACCAAUUUGGACGCGUUGAGCAGAUUGACUUACUGCAGCUUGACUUCCCAUGGCCGAUGAACAACAGGGACUGCUGUGUUGAAAUAUGGGCAGCAGACGAUCUAGAGCACACGAACCGAUUCUUUGUCAGGGUCACCUCCCUAGAUGGGGGCACGGCCAACCCUAGAGUACCCCUGGCAAUACCGGUGCCUCCACCGAAGACUUUGCGUCUGUACUGCGAAGGGGCGGUCGUAUUGGUGCCUUUGUCUCCUACGAAAACAUUCAUAGAGUUAUUCUGGACACUGGACCCUAAAGUGCAUCUUAAUGAUUACAUUGUGAACUUUUUUGCCAAGGUUUUUGCUAAGUCCUCUUUUCACGCUUUCUGCAAAGUCUGCAUAGAGGCAACCGUCGGGGAACAUGCAAGGCGAAGAGCGCAGUUUCCCUUGCUGUACGGUUUUGUGGAAGGCCGUUUAUGUGAAUUUGAGUCCACUGUUGGGGGCACUGAGGAAAAUAGCACCAGCGGCAACAACAACAGCACACAUCUGCACAACGCCAGCAACAGCCGUAAUGCUCUGGGGGAAGAGAGCAGCGCACCCAGCCACAAUGCUGCUGCCCAGUCAGCUGUUUUGUCUGCAAAAAGCUCAAAAGUUGAUGAAGAUGAGGCUCUUGAGGGAUUGCAAAACAGGAAAAACAAAAGCAAAGGUGGCUUUCUGUUCCGCCGCCGCCGGAAUUCCUUCGCAACAGAAGUUGCCUAG